AUGAGGCUAGGAUCGCAAGAAGAUUUUGCAAGUGAUGACCUUGAUUUUGUUACACCUUGGUCUUUACUGCAGACGGUCCGGGAAGUGCCACAGGACUCUUUGACGAUUGCUUCUUAUGAUCCUCCGUCGCCAUCGUAUGUGCCUUCCGAGGAGCGAGAGCACGCUUUCUCUGAUGAUGGGGAAAGAGCUUGGUACUCCCCUGUGGCUGCCGAGCCUGAACCAAAAGACUGCCGAGUGGACAUGGAGCCCGGUCGGUCUUCAGUCGAGGAGCCACACGUGACGGACCCCUUGCCGAGUGAUCAACUGGGUGAGCAGUUGAGACAGCAAGCCUUUCUUGAUGUCGUCAAGCGCAGGUUCCAGUCGGUGCCACAAGUGGGAAUCCGCGAGUGUAUCCAGACACUCGAGCCUGAGGUUCCUGCUCCCAGCGAUGCUUCAGCUGUCUCUUGGAAGGUGGCCACGCGCUUGAAGAGAAUUAAAAUCCCCUUGGGUGACGACGAACUUAGGGCCGGGGCUCUUAAGAGGCUGAAGGUACUUGUCCUGUUGGAUCCCGAGGGGACACAGCUUGGUCUGAGCUUGCUGCAGAAGACUUUGGCUUUGAAGGACGACGAUGACAUUCGACAGAGCUUGUCAGAUGCAUUCCGUGGCAAGGCAUCAACAACUCUUCAGAAGCGUGCCCUUUCUUUGCAAGCAUUGGCAGCAAAACACUUAGAGAUGCACGAGGGAUCGCCUUGGCGGAUGACUGAGGACCAGCUUUAUGCCAUCUUGUGUGCCUUCCGAGCAGAAGGUGCGAAACCGAGCACCGCAAAUCAUAUUCUUGAAGCCCUUCGGUUUUUCGAUGGGGUGUGCAAACUGCUUUACACCAGUUUGGACUCUGUGAUUUCGAGCCGCAGCCGAGGUGUAGCCAGAGAGCUAUACCUGCAGAAAGCCCCUCUAAGGCAGAGGGAUCCCUUGCGUUCGGAGCAGGUGCAGGGGCUUGAGAAGCUGAUGAUGAGUGGGAUUGAGGAUUGGCUUAAGGUAAUCUUAGGAUUGAUCCUGUUCUGUGUGCAUGCGUGCUGCCGGUGGUCCGACAGUCAGAGGAUCAAGAGUCUCCAGGUCUUGGGCGAAGGACCUGGAGCAAUUCUCUUUGCCCAGGCGCUCGGCUCGAAAACUUCGCUGACAGCGGAAGCCCAGACCCGGUUCCUGCCCUACACGGCCGUAGCUAGAGGUGUUGCUGACGUACCUUGGGCGGACGAGUGGCUUGCGGCAAGAUCUCGCGAAAACCUGGAUUUUCAGGUAGGGUGUGUGCCGACCUGGUUGGUGAGCCGCUCUCGCUGGGGUAGCGUGCCCAUGUCAACCGACGAGGCAGGGGACUUCCUGCAGGAUCUGCUAGCGAGGGCGGGCACAGGCGCGGAUGCAAACAUGUCGAUCGGAACGCACAGUUGUAAGGCGACUCUCCUCACAUGGACGACGUGGUCACCCAUUGUGACCUUCAGCCCUAAGGAGCAGCGUCACCUGGGACACCAUCUCAAGAGGGGGCAGAGUACAUUGACCUACAGUCGUGAGUACUUUGUCACUUUGUGUGGUAAAGUUCUGGGGAUGUACAGGACUAUUAGAAGUGGGAGAUUCAAUCCAGAUGAAAGCCCUUCCCAGCGUGCAGUUGCAAUAGCAGAUGGUUAUGAUCGCGAGGCUUCAGGGGAGAUCUCUCCCGACCCGCAGGCGGUCUUUGGUGGGGGGCCGGGAUCUGCGGCAGACCGCCGUCUGAAUGACACUGAGCCCUUCGGAGACUCAGAUGAUGGCUCAGCCUCAGCUGAGUCUUGUGUGGAGAAGCCCGAUGGAGCGAGGAAGCCACCGUCGGGGGGCCGCCUUCCCUUCGAAGCCGAGGACGACCGUGAGCUCAGGAUCCAUAGGCUGUCCGGCAUCGUGCACAGAGUUAGGGAGGGAAAUGUUUUGAUAUGUGGUCGUCAAGUGAAUGAACGCUAUCGAGCAUUCAGUGCGAACGACGAGGAUGAACCCGAGGUCUGUCAGCAGUGCGCUCGAGGUUUGACUUGA